UUCAAUUCUUAUUUAUGGUUUUUUCAAACAUUUAAUUAAGGCAACAUAGAUAAUCCAUCAUAAAUGUGGAUGAAUUCUUUGUAAUUCAGUGGCCUCUUUUCUUCCAGCAACCAGAUAUGUUUAUUUGACAUGAAAAAGCCACCAGUGGUUGAAAUAUGGCUUUCCAGUUUUUCUGUUUUUACAUGGUUGCUAAAUUUAGAGGGAUCAUUUUCCAAACAUUUACAGCUAAAAAAAAUGCUUAGAAAUGUGGGUUCCACUUAACUUGUAGCUAGUAAACACUUGUAUGUCAUAAAUUCUACCUACUUGUAGCUUUUAAGGUUGCAUUUGUAAUCUCUAAUCUAAUAUUUUAUCAGGAAAAAACCUAGAAAGUGUUUGUACCUUUCAACACUUUUCAGAGUUCAGUAUGGGUGAAUACUCUACUGUUGCACCUCUACUAUCAAAUGAUGACAUAACUCCUGUGCUUGAAAAUAAAUCAGUACCCAUUUUCAAGUUAGCAGCAAAAUGGGUUCUCAAGUUGUUAAUGUGGGUGGUUUUUAUUGCCUGGAUUUCCCUCAUGUUUUUUUAUCCUUCAGAAUACAUGAUCCAUUUGGUUAACCAUAUAUGGAUUGGUGCUACUAGUGGAACUGUUUUUGGGCUCGCAGGCAGCUUAUUUUUCGCAUUCACAGCACCAGUUCUCAUAUUAGCAUUUCUUGCUGUGUUAUAUCUUAUCAUCUCAGAAGGAGACGAGAUUCAAGAGAAGAAGACUUUGAAACGUCCAACUUUUCGCCUAUGGACAUUCCCUGUACUAGUAAACGGCCCGUUUGGGGUGGUGACUGCUGCAGAACUUAUAGGGAUAGCUCUUGUUUCUGUAUUUGUUAUCUGGGCCUGUGCUGCUUAUACUAUACGCGAUUGGGGUGAGAUUUCCAAAGAUCAAGUGACUUCCUUCAUUAAGAGCUGUUUGAUGUUAGAGCGAUCAGGAGCUAGACUUGGCCUGAUUGGGUUGUUUUGCUUAUCACUUCUGUUUCUUCCGAUUUCGAGGGGGUCUAUUCUUCUUCGCCUUAUAGACAUCCCUUUUGAGCAUGCCACCAGAUAUCAUGUUUGGUUGGGACAUCUUACCAUGGCGCUCUUCACUCUCCAUGGAUUAGCUUAUGUGAUUGCUUGGGCAAUGGAGGGUCGACUUAUAGAACAAAUUUUCGAAUGGAAAGAUAUUGGUGUGGCCAAUCUUGCUGGUGUCAUAUCACUUGCAUCUGGGAUAUUGAUGUGGGUGACUUCCCUUCCUGGAGUAAGGACGCGGAAUUUUGAGCUAUUCUUCUAUACCCAUCAACUCUAUGUUGUCUUCGUCGUCUUCCUAGCUAUGCAUGCUGGUGACUUCAUCUUUUUCAUGUGUUCUGGAGGAAUAUUCCUCUUCAUGCUUGAUCGGUUUUUAAGAUCUAUCCAAUCUCGCAAGACUGUUGAUAUCAUUUCAGCCACAUCACUUCCUUGUGGAACUGUAGAGCUAGUGCUUUCAAAACCUGCAUGUCUUAGGUAUAAUGCUCUCAGCUUUAUUUUCCUUCAAGUUCGGGAAUUAUCUUGGCUUCAGUGGCAUCCUUUCAGUGUGUCAUCUAGUCCUCUAGAGGGUAGGUACCACCUUUCAGUUCUUAUAAAAGUUCUUGGAGAGUGGACAGAGAAGCUCAAAGGGAAAAUCUCAAACAAUGAGGAACGUCAGAAGCUGCUAGAAACUCGGCUCAAGUCUCUGAUAACUGCUUCUGUAGAGGGGCCUUAUGGGCAUGAAUCACCAUAUCACUUAACGUACAAGCACCUGAUUUUAGUAGCUGGUGGCAUUGGUAUUUCUCCCUUCCUUGCUAUCCUAAGUGAUGUCAUGCAUCGUCUCAAAGAAGGCAAACCUUGCAUGCCUAAAAAUAUCUUGAUUGUUUGGGCCAUCAAAAAGUCAGAUGAGCUGCCACUUCUGUCAAUGAUAAAUAUGGAUUCUAUAGACCCUAUUUUCUAUGAUGCCUUAAAUCUAGACAUUCAAAUUUAUGUCACCCGCGAAUCAGAACCUAAAGUGGAAGAAGGGAAAGCAUUCGGCGCUAUGAACACCUGCACAUAUCCCAUUUCAAAACGAUCUGCCAUAUCAGUUUUGGUUGGUACUGGAGAUAACAUAUGGACUGGGAUUUACAUCGUUGCUUCUUCAAUUGGAUUCCUAACCUUUCUAGCUCUAUUAGAUGUGCUUUAUAUAAAUCCAUAUAAUAUAACUAUUUGGUGGUACAAGGGGCUUCUUGUAGUAGUGUGCAUGUUAGCUGGUGUUGUCAUAUUUGGGGGUGUAGCUGUGGCCUUUUGGCAUCAAUGGGAGCGAAGAAUGUUGGCGUCCGAGAGUAACAACUAUGAUACCAAAAAAUCUAACAGGGCGCUUCAUGAUGUAGCAGUUGAACACAAGAAUUCAAAUCAAGAAUAUCUUGUUAAUUCAAGUACUCUUCGGUAUGGAUGUAGGCCAGAUUUCAAAGAUAUAUUUGGAUCAGCUUCAGACCAUUGGGGAGCAGUUGAUGUUGGUGUCCUAGUCUGUGGUCCUGAAACUCUUACAUCGACUGUCGCCACGGAGAUCAGGUCACACAGCCUAAGGAGAAAGCAUAAUCAUCCAGUUUUCCAUUUCAAUAGUCAUAGCUUCGAUCUCUGAAGUACCCCAAUCGGUGUUCCUCUCUAUGGUAAUUCACAUUUAAGUUGAGCACUUUUAAAAGGGAGUGAAAAGUCUGCAUGCAUUUGAUGCCCUUAUAUCCAUCAGAGCUUGCUUUGGCACAAGCUCUUCUUCUUAUCUCCAUUUUAUGUCAUCGCUGAUCGCCCAGCUUAGUAGCUUAUCUACUUGAAUUUCUAUUAUAAAUGUAUAUAUUUAUAUUCUGUAAAGAGGUUGUAUUAUACUUUCCUUUGCAUUGUAUAUAAUACAUGUACAACUCACUAUUAUCCUAGUUGCAUAUAUAUAGAUUUUAAAUACAAUGAAUAUAUAUCAUCACUAUUAGUUAAAA